CAGCAGGAACCACUGAGCAAAUCUAUACGAUUCCUCGACUCCUCGUCGUCUUUCAUUCAUCCUUAUAAUAUUCGCUGAUGAACUCUGGCACUCCCCUUCUUCACUGCUCCUCGCCACUGCAGCCCCAGUAACACAUCCUUGGAAAGUUAUGGACCAGAGUCCUUCUCCAAGUGUCAUUCUGCCUCUUCUGCAUUGUCCUCUUUGCUCCCCAUCUCGUCUUCUAACAGACCCAACCACUCUACGAUGCGGUCAUACCGUCUGUUCAUCACAUAUGACCUCAGAUUUAUGCCCAAUCCCUACUUGUUCGUCUACUCCAGCGAAUUUCACGCCAACUAUUCCACCUAGUUCUCGAGUCGCGUUCUUCCCAGCGACCACCGAGGACCAUACAAGCUCUCCUGAACAAACUGAACGAAGAAUUGACGUCAGAGUGAGAAAGUUGGUGGAAUUAGUAAUGAAGGUCGUGGAGGAUGAGGGCGAGCAACCUGACCACCUUGUGGAGACCUAUUCUGACUCUGGAGACGAUUCCGACGACGAACAGCAUGAACCGGUUACUUUUCCAUCGUCCUCGUCAUCAGCUGGCCGUCCCGUGACACCCGUCUCUGGCCCGUCGAGUUCCAUCGAUUCAUCCUCCUCUGCAUCGACGUCUUCUCGACCACGGAAGCGACGUCGACGUCAUAUGUCCAAUUCAUGUUUGCCGGAUCUUCAUCCUUCUGACCCUGGGACUAUAUCACUAACCGAAUUUGACAAGAACCUUACUACGGAGCUGACAUGCGAGAUCUGUUUUAUGCUGUUUUACCAGCCUGUCACAACGCCUUGUCAACAUACUUUUUGCUCUAAAUGCUUACAGAGGUCCCUAGAUCAUAGCAUGCUAUGUCCGCUAUGUCGCGUGGAAUUACCUGGCUUCGCUUACUUUCAUGAACACUCGCAUAACAAAGUUGUUCUUGCUCUUCUGCUCAAAGCUUACCCUGAGUCCUAUCACACAAGGGGACAAGCAAUUGCGACAGAAGAGCGCGACGCGCGUUUAGACACGCCCAUUUUCGUUUGCCAAUUAUCGUUUCCGGGAAUGCCAACACUGCUGCACUUCUUCGAACCACGCUACCGGCUUAUGCUCAGGCGUUGUCUCGAGGCUCCGACACCAACUCUUGGCAUGAUAAUGCCACCACGUGCAGCGCCUGUUGCCGGUCUCGGCGUUGAUGCGGGUGCAGAUUUUGGUACCAUGCUUGAGAUCCGCAGUGUGCAGAUGCUGCCAGACGGGCGGAGCAUGGUGGAAACUCGGGGCACGCAUCGGUUCAGGAUACUCGAACGCGGAUCUCUAGAUGGGUAUAUGAUCGGAAGAGUGGAACGGAUCGACGAUUAUGAAGACCUUUUUGAUGACUGGGAGUCUGAGAUCGAGGAGAACGCUGAUUCCUCGUUAUCCGCAUCGUCAUCGUCUGCUUCUAGUACCUCGGGUCAUGCACCAUCAUCUCCGCGCCUUUUUUCGCGCAUAAUGUCGAACGCGUCUUUACCUCCAUCAUCACCCACCAGUCCUCCUCUGAGCACCGCCGCGCUCCUUCAAACGUGCCACACGUUUCUCGAGCAACUCCGCGCAGGCACUGCGCCGUGGGUAGUUCAGCGUCUAAACCACACAUACGGACCGCAGCCGCCUGACGAGAACCCCGAUGCGUUCUCCUUCUGGAUGGGUAUGGUACUCCCGAUAGAUGAGCAUGAAAAGGCCAAAUUGCUACCCAUUAAAAGCGCGCGACUCCGUCUGCGGAUGGUCGUGGGCUGGAUCGAACAGUUGAAUAGUAACUGGUGGUUUUCGAGUGGAUGCAUUGUCAUAUAGCCCUGUUCAUUCACACCAUAUUUCCUUAUUACAGCAUGGAAUUAGCCUGAUCUCGAUGGAGAUGAAAGAAAAAAAGGAGUUUGUU